AUGGCCAUCACCAAGUCUCUUACCCGGAGCGCCUCCACAGCUUCCUUGAAAAACAGAUAUGCUUACGGAGAAAUCAUCCGCGUCUACGUCGGGCGGGAGAACCGAGAGUUCACCCUCUUCGUCACCUGGGUCCACGGCCAGGCCUCCUUCCGCAAGUACCUCGACGACAUCAUCAACAUCGCCUGCGCCCAGGCCGCCGACGCCAGCAAGGGCGCCGACGCCGCCGCCCUCAGCCAAAAGCUCCACUGGGCCCUCGUCCGCCUCCACCUCUUCGCCUCGAGCCUCGACAUCCCCACCCUCCAAGACGCCGCCAUGGACGCCAUCCAGGACCUCUACCUGCGCCGCGACUGGGACGUGACCCCGCGCUUCAUCGCCUUCCUCUACGAGCAGUGCACCUCGGCCGCCGCCCUCCGCAUCCGCCGCUGGGCCGUCGCCAUGGUCUCCUUCACCCUCUCCUCCACCAACACCCUCGACCGCUCCGCCGAUUCCGUCCCCGCCCAGUUCCACGGCCUCCUCAAGACCUAUCCCGAGUUCAGCGCCGAGUACGCCAGCCACAUCCGCAAGAUGGCGGCGUCCGGCCUCGACAUCCGCGUCAAGAACCCCCAGCUCCGCAUCCCCGCCAACCGCCUCCGCAACGAGGAGCGCCGCUUCGCAUUUCGGCAGUGCGCCUUCCACACCCACCGCGCGGCCGUCGGCGAGAAGAAGUGCCCCCACGAGCUGGCCGAGAUGAAGCGCAAGAGGAUGCCCAUCAUGGCGCCCCUCGCCGAGGACAUGAGCGGCUUCGAGGUCGCCCUCAAGACCCAGGGCAACCCCGAUGUACCGCAGCCGCUGCGGAUGCUCAGGAGUCUCUCCACCCAGGUAUAA